AUGUCGAGCGAAACGAACACAGAGGCCAAUAGCUAUGACACAAACCAGAUUGAACUAGACCUCGGGAACAUACAUAUCCGGGAUCAGGCAACUCGAGAUAUCCUACGCCGACAAAUGGAAAAAGGUGGCAUCACGCACUCUGAUAUCGUAACGUUCCAAAGCUUUAGAAAUAGAUGGGACUACUCGAGAGUUGGUCUAAUUGGUGGUGCCUUGGUGACUUCGAUUUGGGGGCGAUUCAUUAGACGUCCGCCGCUCACUGCGGGCAGGUUAUUCGGUUUAUCCUCAUUUGCCGCAUUUACGGGCGCGAGCCUUGGAACGGGGCUCCAAGUACGUGCCUUGAUACAGACCGUCAACUCCCUCGAAGAUCCCAAUAGGUUUAAGAAAGCAGUCGCCGAAAUGAGCCAGGAGUUGCUUGCCAGACGUCAGGCCGCAUUAAAGCAGACUCAAGGAACACGCCUUGGGGCGAAUUCACCUCAGGAUGGGGAACAUACGAAGCUUGCGGAUGGGUGGGAUACUGUAAACCCCCAACGAUUGGGAGCCCAACCGAUACCGGCGACCACAGAAUCGACAACUGGACAUGACCGCUGGUCACAGCUGAGAGCACAGAAGACUCCGGCGCAGCCUGCCACUUGGGAGAACAUUCGUCAAUCACAAGAGCGCAGUAAAUCAGAUGAACAAAAUGACCAUGGGAUUCCGGAAAGUGAUGUGGAGAAAGACAGGCGCAAGGCCCAGGCAGAAUUCGAUGCGCUGUUAGAACGUGAACGUAGCUUUGGGCAAGACAAUGCCCGCGAACUUAAAUCUCGUUGGUCGUAA